UCUCUUUCUCUUUUAAGUGCUCUCAAAUGAUAUCUUUUAUCAGCGCCAUUCCUUUGAGCCUUUCCCUGCCUGUUUAUUAUGAUUGUUCAAGUUGUAGAAGGCGUCUCAAACCUACUUGCGCUAAUCAUGUUUCAUAGGCCUGUUCGUUAGCCCAAUCCCAUCGACACCCCUGUCAUUCUCUACAAAAUUUGAACACUUUGUUUCUUACAUUUCUGACAGGAGCUUGUGGCUGACCUUACUCUGAUAAAGACCGGUCACGACCAUUGUAUCAACGGUAUCAACAACAGAGCUUGAAACGACAGAUACAGCGGUGCAAGCUGAUACCAAAUCUUUGCUGAGAUUAGCUCUGUUCCACCAAGGGAAUAAUUUUGGACAGCUUUCGCUCUGGCUGGCUCUUUCUUUUUUUACAACAAAACUGAGAGAAAGGCUUUCACAUCUGCACGCUAGGACAAGUCUAUAAAUAUACGUUUUCCAACAUUUUUAAGGUUUGUAAUUAAUUUUUUAAAAGACCGACUUCUUUCAUAGUCUUGUGCACAGUGCUGUUGUAAUGUAAAUCAACGAAAGCAAAGGCGCCGUUUUCUUCAAUAUUCGCUGGUUGUUUUUCUUCUUUUUCCAAAUCAAUAUAAGAGAAGGUUUUAAAACUGCGUCGUCAUGUACCAGUGAGAAAACUCUCAGCAAACAAGAAACGGAAUUAAUGCACCAUUACAAAUUCACUUUAAAGAUAUGGAACGUCGUAAUUCAGAACAAUCCUGCACUGAGGCUUCCAUAGCUUUUGACCACGUCUGCUUCGUGGUAAUUCAGGCCGGUGUCUAGACCACUCGGGACAAGCAGCAAACUCUCCAGUGACGUCAAACUGAAGACCAGGGCAGAUUUACUGGAUGACCUAUUGACCCAGAACUGGACGAAAUUUUACGACAGUAAUCAUGUCUCGUCCGAGAACUGGGCCAAUUUACACCCAGGAUGUUCUUAACCAGCUCAAGAAAGUGGCAGAACUCCAGCCCAGUAACAACCAUGAGGAAGACGAGGCAGUGUUCAAGGCAAAAACUCACGCGCUCCAAAAGUUCCUGAGCCAUGGGAUGUCUCGUUUCUCCAUAGAGGGUCUCAAGUAUAUCUUGGACGACCUCGUUAGCUCGAACGAAGACGUUAGUGAUGUGAACUUUUCUAUCAGAUCGGUGAGAGACCUUCGUGAACUCGUGAAGGCCACAAUGACCAAACGAGAAAGUGGAAGUCUGAAGUCAACGGACGCCACAGGCCUUAUCUACUUGGAACAUUUUUUCUUCUCCAUCUACUGCUUGACAGAGGUGAAGAAAGUCUUUGACGAAAUGUACGCAGACUUGUUCUACUCCUACUACAACCCAGAUAAUGUCUCCAGGCAGUUAACGACAUGAACGAGGUGUUGUCUCGCUGGGCAAGCCUUCUGACCGACGAUGAGCCGCAACCAGAGGACUUUGACCACGAGAGCGAGCAAGACCUUCUGCUCAUCCGGGGCUCGUCACGCGUGGAGCCCGUCGUCAGGCUUCUCCCGGACAUCUUUGCCAAGUUCUUCAAGUGCUUGGAGCUCACCAAACAGUGGUGGGUCCUGGCUCACGAGAUAUACCCGGAGCUGCCGUUCCAGCGACGACCUCCGGAAUCAGACGAAAGCGCGGACGAAGACAAAAGGGUGGAGAGUCUAAGUGCCAGUCCGCAAGACAGCGCUGAUGAGAAGUCCUUGUACGACGAGGAUGCGCUGAGUAAAGAGAUUGUGGAGAUGCGGAAGGCAGUGAGGGAGAGUACAGGCGUAUUGAAAGGUUUGGAGGAGGAGCUAGAAGCCCUAGAGAAGCGCGAAGAGAAGUUCGAAAUUCUGAAAGAGACUUACGAGAAAGUUGGGGAAGAUAUUGAAAUACAGACCAAGGAAAGGCAGGAAUUGUGGAGUUUUCGGGACAAGCUGAGUAAGAAAGGAGAGAGUGACGAGUUGGAUGAAGUGGAGGAGAAAAUCAGACGCCAAGACAACGCCCUCAGACUUCUAGAGUUUCAACAUGCGCUGCUUUGGCAAGACUACAUCAUCCACAUGGAGAUACGGCCCUCGAUAAUACGUUUUCACGGAGAUAUCACAUCCCGCGUGCACGAAGCCAGGACAGUCAUGGAUCAGCAGUUGGAAAACCUUCAGAACCUCAUGUCGGAGAGUAAAAGAGGUCAACACGAUGACGUCCGACGGUCUGAGUCUGUGGUAACGGCCAGUACUACUAUUGAGGGUAAAGUGAACAGAGGUCGGAGUGCAUCUCUUCCGUCCCAGCUUUCAGAUUACGACGUAACGGAUAAUGAAUCUGACAAGGGUAACAUCGUGAGUAAAACCAGUGACAGUAACAAGAAAACUUUGAAAGGCAUAAUGAGAAAUGAAACAAAGAAACCAACCAGGGCGUCUCCUCCUGCAACCGACAUUGUGUCAGAAAUUGCUAACACUAAGCGACAAAAUGUUGCUUUAAAGCCACAAUUGGCUGGGAAAAGCGUCAGUGACAAAAAUAAUGUGGUCGUCAGUCGAAAACAUGUUAGCAAUGAUGUUGCAAGGAACAAUAGAAAGAACGAAGACAAGAAAGUUACGUCACCAGAAUCGGAUAAGAACAGAUCGUCAGCUGAGCAGGCAAAACAGCCAAAAGAAGCAGUAGGGAUAAAACCUCGGGCUGUUCCUCCAAAACUAAACACAAAUCACAGAAGAGCAACGGAGCCUUCCGUUCACAAAACAGUAGCAGACAACAGUGCCAACAACAACACAAAGACUCGUACUGGUCCUCCAGACUCAUCUGUUUCUACAUCCAACAAAGCACUUCUCCCAAAAACGAGAAGGAAUUCAGUGCCGUUGCAGAAUGCAGACAGCUCUGCACGGAAGAAUGACACUGCAACACGUAAAAGUGAAGAUGCCUUACUUAGUAAAGAUGACAAGGCAGUCCGUAAAGACAGCAAUGCUUUGCGAAAAGAUGACAAGGCAACGCGUAAAACUAAAACUGAUGACACUUUUCGAAAGGACGACAACGCAUUGCGCACAGAUGACAAGGCAGUGCGUAAGGACAGCAAUGCUUUGCGUAAAGGUGACAAGGCGACUCGUAAAACUGACGACACUUUGCCAAAAGUGGAUAAGACAGCGCGUAAAACUGAAGACACUUUGCCUAAAGUGGAUAAGACAGCGCGUAAAACUGAAGACGCUGUGCGCCCAGAUGACAACGCUCUGCGUAAAGCUCCUGGGGUGGCAAAUGUAAAGAAAAAGCCACCUCCUGAUUUGCCACCGCAUGAUAACAAAAUAGCCCCUGCGCGCUCCAUACCACCGGAAGUUACUCAGUUAGACACAAAAUCAUUGGCAGGUUUGAAAAGAAAAGCUCAGAAAAGGCAACCGACCACACAGUCAUGAUGUGGCCCAUUUGCAGAAACGUUAUUUACAUACUUGCAUUAUAUUAUAUUCGUUGACGAAUUCAUCACGCACAUUUGCAGUUUGCUUGAGCAUGGGAUUCUGACGGAAAGUGAAAUAUUAUUCGCCACGCCGUGAAUUUGCAUUGUGCCGUUAGAAGCUUUUACUUUAGACAAGCAAAGAUUUUUGGGGUUUUAAAAUUUUUUCUUAGCUAUGAAUAUGAAUAGAAGUGGAAGGGGAACACGCUAUUGCACUCUUAAUAAUGAUGUUUUGCAAUGUAUGCUAAUUUUUAGCACGUUUUUUUUGUCUGUCAAGCUUAAGUUCGGAUCGAAUUUGCUUGAAGGAAAAAA